UUCCGGGUUCCAGCGAUGGCAACUGCAGAUCUGAGGGACGAGCUGACCUGCUCCAUCUGCCUGAUCCUUUAUACCAACCCAGUAAUCCUGCCCUGUGGGCACAACUUCUGCCGGGGCUGCAUUGGGGCAGCAUGGGACUCCCAGGGGGGCUCUGGGGCUUAUUCCUGCCCUGAAUGCAGAGCUGAGUAUCCGGAGCGCCCCGCCCUGCCCAGGAACAGAACUCUGGGUAACAUAGCAGCGCGACUCAUCCCUAUUGCCCCCGAGCCGGGGGAGAGCGAUAUCCUCUGCACUUACUGUGUCCAUUCCCCUGUACCUGCCGCUAAAUCCUGUCUGCACUGUGAGGCCUCUCUGUGUGAUACCCACCUGCUGGGGCACAGCCAGUCAGAGAAGCACAUCCUAACUGCCCCCACCCGCUCUUUUGGGGAGAGGAAAUGCCCCCAACAUGAUGAACUCCUGAAUUAUUACUGCCACGGGGAAGCCGUCUGUGUCUGCCUGUACUGCACUGGGUUUGGGCAUCACAAGGGGCACAAUGUGGAACCUCUGAAUGAAGCCUUUGAGAAGAAAAAGAUCCAGUUAAAGCAUGUUCUGGAGAAACUGCCCAUAAAGAGAGAGGAGACCGAGGGGCAAAUCCAGAGGCUGCAGGAGCGCAGGGGAGAAGGGGCAGAAGUGGCAGCCGCUGGGACAGAGAGAGUCAUUGCCCUGUGGAAAGAGCUGGAAGCCGUAAAGAAGCGACUCCUGAGUGACAUCUCCAGGCAGAAAGAGGAGCUCUCACUCACACUCACUGAGCUGAUCCAACAGCUGGAAAUAAAGAAGGAAAACCUGUCGGAGAGGAUGCAGCACAUUGAGGAGCUGUGCAACAUGGCAGAUCCAUUCUCUCUGUUAAAGAAACUGGAAUCGGAAGGGGCUGAUAUCUGGAACACUGACUGGUUAGAUAAUGCGGCCAGAGAGGGAACCUAUAAAAAGCUCUGUGAGGCCAGAGAUCUGGAUGAGGUUAUGAUCAUGGACAUAUUAAACAGGUACAUAGGGGGUAUUGUAACAAGUGUAAAGAAAGGGCUGGGGAAAGAGCCAAUAAUCAUGGAUACAAACACGGCUCAUAAGCAAUUGACAAUAUCAGGUGAUGGGAAAUCUGCUUCCUACUCACAGCCCAAUUCAAACCAGAGUCACUCUCAAAAUUCACAGAAUUAUUAUCCAAACAUGAUUUACUCACAGAAUUAUUAUUCAAGUAUGAGUCACUCUAAUAAUUCACAGAAUUGUCAGCUUUAUACUCAAGUGUUAAGCUCUGUAAGUUUUCGGUCAGGGCAACAUUACUGGGAUGUAGAUUGCAGUAAAUCAGGGAACUGGCGGGUGGGUGUGGCCUAUCCCAGUAUAGGGAGGAGGGAAUAUAACUCCUAUAUUGGGGAUAAUAACAAGUCCUGGGCUGUGGGUAAAUCUGGUAACUCAGUUACAGUGACACACGAGAAAAACACAAACACAAUCUCUUCCUGUCAGUCAAGUAAAAUCCGAGUGUUCCUGGACUAUGAGGCCGGACGCCUGUCCUUCUAUGAGCUGAGUGAGCCAAUCAGGCACUUACACACCUUCUCCGCCAAAUUCACGCAGCCCCUCCAUGCUGCAUUCUAUUUAGGGCAGGGCAGUGUGACUAUAAUUGAAUAAAGAAAAUGCCUCCUGCUCCUUAGUUUUUGAGAAAUGGGAUAGGGGUCCGAUACUAUCGGGUCGGGUCCUUGUUAGUUUGUAAGGUGGCUUAUUGGCCUUUAUAUAUUACUUUUACCUACUUCCCCACCUGCCUUAGAUUCUUAUUUUAGGGGACACAUUGGGGAUUUCAGGUGUCUCUUUAUACAGAACUUUAGUGUCAGACUGGGUGCCAAGGGCCCCCCAGAAACCUUGGACCUUAGCCCCACCCUCCGGACCACCUUUCCUUCCCUGUUCCCUCACUUUCUUUCAUUUCAGCGAGCGCUAUUCUGAAACAAUUUUCAAUUGGUCUUCAUUUUUUAUUAUUUAAUAUUACUUCAUAUUCAGCAACUCUCCUGAUCUAUAGUAGCUGUAGGGUUGCAAUUGUAAGGAUUCAUAGGGUUAACGUGUCCCUAUGGCUUUAAACCCUGCAGCUUCCUGUUUGUGCUGUUACUGGGCAAAGACCCCUGUAUCAGUUUACAGUUAUGUCACUUAUGCCUAUUGGUUAACAGGGAGACCCCUCCCAUGGCACUCUGAUAUAGUGCUUAGCAGGGGGUGGGGAUGCCUCUUUGG